GGAGUCUGUGGUGACUCGGCUGGCGGGAUCAAGUGCAGCUGCUUCAGGCUGAGGUGGCAGAUAGUGAGCACCGGCGGCGGAGUUAAAGUCAGAGCAGGAGAGUAAUGAUGAACAGCGCAGCGGGAUUCUCAAACCUAGACCGUCGCGAGCGGGUUCUCAAGUUAGGGGAGAGUUUCGAGAAGCAGCCGCGCUGCGCCUUCCACACUGUGCGCUAUGACUUCAAACCUGCUUCUAUUGACACUUCUUGUGAAGGAUACCUUGAGGUCGGUGAAGGUGAACAGGUGACCAUAACUCUGCCAAAUAUAGAAGGUUCAACUCCACCAGUAACUGUUUUCAAAGGUUCAAAAAAACCUUACUUAAAAGAAUGCAUUUUGAUUAUUAACCAUGAUACCGGAGAAUGUCGACUAGAAAAACUCAGCAGCAACAUCACUGUAAAAAAAACAAGAGUUGAAGGAAGCAGUAAAAUUCAGUAUCGUAAAGAACAACAGCCACAACAAAUGUGGAAUUCGGCCAGGACUCCCAAUCUUGUGAAACAUUCUCCAUCUGAAGAUAAGAUGUCCCCAGCAUCUCCAAUAGAUGAUAUUGAAAGAGAACUGAAGGCAGAAGCUAGUCUAAUGGACCAGAUGAGUAGUUGUGAUAGUUCAUCAGAUUCCAAAAGUUCAUCAUCUUCAAGUAGUGAGGAUAGUUCUAGUGACUCAGAAGAUGAAGACUGCAAAUCCUCUGCUUCUGAUACAGGGAAUUGUGUCUCGGGACAUCCUACCAUGGCACAAUACAGGAUUCCUGAUAUAGAUGCCAGUCAUAAUAGAUUUCAAGACAACAGUGACCUUCUGAUGAAUACUUUAAGGAGAUAUGAGACACCAAUCAAUAUAUGUAAGAAAUACAUUAGUUCCGUCCAGAAAGGUGGAGGCAACUCGAAGCAAAGGCCCCCACUGGGCGCUUCCAGGUCACAGGAAGGUGAGACAGAUGGUUGCAUUCGAGUUUCUGGUAAGUCUUUCCAAAGGAGGCAAUCAGAAUCUGCAGCAUCCGCCUCUGUGAGCAGAGGGAUGACUGAAUAGACUGGGAGGCAGAUUUGCCCUGAGUGAUUCCCAGCUUGAAGAGGCCCAAGAUAUUUUCCUUUCCCAAGACUAAACCUGAGUAUGCAUCAACAUAGGACUAGCUAAAUGAACUAUAUUUACCUCCAUACAGUUGAUAACCUGUUCACAGAUUUAUUGGCUACUUGGGUAUUCUUUGUGUAAAAUAUCUGUUCAAAUCUUUUUUUUUUUCUUUUGAGAAAGAGUCUUGCUCUAUCGCCC